UUAUACCAUGUACCAAACGGCCCCAUUUUCGCUUCCCUCCAACUUAUUUGAACUCUGUAAAUGUUCCCUCCCUCUAUCUUCCUUAGACAGCCAAUAUACCCUAAACUCAUUCCCCAAAUAAAUCACAAGAUUCCAAAUCCUUCAUUCUCAUCAGUGCACCACCGUCUCUGUGCUGCCACCAUUGCCGACCACGCCAGGUAUCUCAUCUCUCUAUCUUUGUUUUCUACGCUACACCAUAGCCAGAUUUAACUCAAGGUAUUAGUUUGGGUAGAACCCAGUAGGAAAUAAAAGGAUUUAAGUUUUCCAGUUUUUUAAGCGUCUCUUCAUUUUCUUAGAUCUAUCCCCUUCCCAACCCCUUUUCACGUUUCAAAAUUACUCCUUACGUUAUUCAUAUUUUAAGGAGAUAUGAGUAUGAGGAUUCAUGUAGUUAAUAAAUUUCUUAGUUGGCUCAUUAAAAUGUGUAUCCACUCUCUCUUUUCGUAAUGGGUUUGUUGUGGUUCUCUUUUUCUUUCUUUUUCUCUUACGAACUUUUUAUUGCAUUCAAUUAGCUUUGUAGUUAUUAUUCAAAUUAAAGAAACUUUAUAGGCAGGAAAUCCUAAAACUAAUAAGGGCUCAUUUGGUUGGAAACAACUUAUCCCGGGAUUAGUUAUUCCACCCUCAAGGUGGGAUAAAAAAACACUAUAAUACCGGGAUAACUAAUUCCGGGAUUAGUUAUCCCGAGUUUUUUUUCCAACCAAACGUGAGAUAAGGCGACACUAAUUUUUAUCCCAGGACUAUUUUUGCUUAUCCAUCAUACCAAACGAGCCCAUAGUGUUUUGUAAUUAAUUUCGUAAAACAUUUAGGCCUUUUGAGUAUAGGUUUUGGGAUAAUAUGUCGAGUUGUAAAUGUUCUGUAUUGAGUGAAUUAUUAUUACAUGUUGGUCGGAAAUAGAUAAAGUGAUUGAAACAAGAGAAACUAUUUUUAAUUUAUCUGGGAAUAGUUCUGUUAGAUUUAUGCUUUCAUGAAAUUUUGGAGAUAGAUAGAUUGAAGACCUUUGAAGAAUUUGGUGGUUGUGUUUGUCAUUUAUUGUGGUAUAUUUUCUUUUAUGUAUUUUUCCAUUCAUAUUUUCAAAUGCAAAGUCUAGAGGUGAGGGUGAGGUACGUAUUUACUGUCAUUGCAGAAGUAUUAUUCUCCUUAGUACUGUGGCCCAUUACCUAUACCUUUUGCAAGGACAAAUAAUAAAAUGUGAUUUACUUGUAAAGUGACAGUUUCAGAAGAAAAGUUCCUUGUCCGCAAGUGGGGAUACAUCUACCAACGGUUGGUGCUCAGUUUGAACUUUGUUUCCCAAGAUCCUGAGCCGUAACAUCCUCCAGCAACUUUGCCUGAACCUUGAUUUUCAGUCAGGCUUGAUUCUUUGUCAGUGCUUGGAAAUUUAGUCAACAAUGCAGCUCUAUCUCCCUGGACUUACAAUAAUGUGCCUGGUUUCAGCUUGUCAUAUAUGACAAAAGAUCAUCCAGGAUUGUCAGUUGGAAAAGUUACCCAAAAUCGCAGUAGUAGUAGUAAUGAAAGCGUCCCUAAGAUUUGUACAACUAAGAAAACUAACGAUCAAGGGAAGGAGCAAAAUAAGAAGCAACGGAGAGUUAUGCCAGACUUUGCUCGGGUGUGCAGGUUCAUCCACAGUGUCUUUGAUCCAAGUGCAAAUGCCAUUUCGAUUAUACAAUGUUAUUGGAAAUACUCUAGUCCCUCACAGUCCUACAGUAGUGAAGUCCGAUAAUUUGAUUUGUGAAAUAUUUCAAUAGAUGAUGAAGAGUUGGGAAAAUCAUUUGAAGAAAUUAAUCGAUAGGAUUAGUUAUAUAAUGACAUUAGUUCCUUAUUUCAAACAAUAUAAUUUUAUUCUUUCACGUUGUUGUGACAUAAUUUUUUGGAUUAAUACUUCCUUUUUUUGUUCAGAUUUGAUAAGAUAUAUUUUAUUUUAUGAAUUAAUAGUAAUCUGUCUUUUAGUAAUUGCCAAACUUCGUUGCCACUA